AUGUCUCAAUACGUGUUGAUUGUGGCUUACUUAUUGGUGAGGCUGGCGACGUGCGCUCCUUCACCACUUCAAAUGAAAAUUGAAUGUGGCUCUGAUGAGAAUCGUUCUUCAGCAAAAUCUAAGUCAGGCGAGUUAUCAAAUGGUAACACAGACCUUGACAUGGAUUCCUUCUGCAACUUAAUUCAGAAAGCAAUACCUAAGGCAAUAGAAGACGGCAAAUUUAUCAUAGAACCAAAUAAUGAUAACGAUCUCACUGUCGACAGUAAUAAUAUAAUCAGUUCAGCAGUAAGCCCACCAAGUGGCUUCAUUCCCAGAUUUUCAAAACCGAAAGUAUCAAAGCUUAAAAUUCCGAGACUAAAUUCUCCAAGGUUAAAACCACUGGAAAUAGGCAAGGCCCCGAAAGUAGGAGCCCCAAUGAAACUCUCAAUGCUAAGAAAAGUUUUGGAUGAAGAAACUAGUGCAGAAAGAAUGGAACGAUUUAAAAAUGGUGUUCAGAAAAUGUUGCAUGUUGUUAAAGUGUUAGGACAAAUUGACCAGUAUUUAUCGGAACGAACUAGAAUUGUUAUUGAUAAACUAUCUAAAACAUUUAUGGAAUGA